CUGUACCCUGCCAAUGAGCGUGCUCGUAGUUGCUGAGCUGCUGCUGUGUGCGGCCUGUGUACUGGGUGACCCAGCUGCUGUCCUUAGGAUACAAGCCGCUUGUGUGACAUGGGUGGCAGCGGGAGCACCAGGAGAGUCUCGUUCGAGGCUGAUGAGAACGAUAACAUCACUGUGGUGAAGGGGAUCCGGUUGUCUGAUAAUGUUAUUAACCGGAUGAGAGAGCCGAUAUCUCCUGUUGCUAGGCCGCAACCCCCAGCGCCACCCACACCUCCACUGACAAAAUUCCCAGUUGAACCGCCAGUCACUGCUGGUUAUGCAGUUAAUGAAGAAGAGCUCAGGAGAAAAAUUGCGGAAGAACUAGCUCUGGAACAAGCAAGAAGAGAGAUUGAUAAUCUAAAAAGAUUUGAACAUGGGAAAGUGGUACAAGAGGAAAUGGGGAAAGCCCUUGAACGGGAAAGAGCUUCUUCAACUGAACAACUGACCAGGGCAGUCCUGCGUGAGAAAGCUACUACUGAGGGAGAAAGACUAAAAGCUAAGACCUUUGCAAGGAAGCUUGAAGAAAAAGAGCGUGAGCUUAAGAGGCAAGAUGAAUAUUACAAGGAGCAGCUGGCCAGGCUGGAAGAGAGGAGUGCACAAUUUUAUAAAGUGACCACUGAUCAAUACCAGGAAGCAGCAAACAGUGUGGAGGCACGAUUCAAGAGAUAUGAAUCAAAUCCAGUUUGUGCUGACCUGCAAGCUCAGAUUCUCCAGUGCUAUCAUCAGAAUCCCCAGCAGACGUUGAGCUGCUCUGCUUUGGCUAGCCAGUACAUGCAGUGUGUCAACAAUGCCAAACAGAGCAUGCUUGGAAGAGGCGGUUAGGAUCUCUGCGCCCUUCAUGUCCAAUCACUGUGUAGGUAAUGGUGGAUGAGCAUCAGAACUAGUUUUACUGAGGCUGUGCAAAGAUGAUCACGGAAGAAGACCAGAAAAAACAAUGAUGGAUUCAGGACUUCACAGGAUUCUUAUUGGAGCACACUCCCAUCCUUAAAAUGAAGUGCUUUGAUUUCCAAAUUGAUGUUUUGUAUGCUUUUCUUAUAUACAGAUAUUAGUGUUUUCUGUAUGUUCCUUGCCUGAUAGACUACCUACCCCUCACUCUACACACAUUACACACAACCUUUUGGUUUGGCAUAAUGAAAACCUGUUAAUUUGCCUCUUAAAAUUAUGUUGAUGAUGUCUCUUAUUUACACAUUUGCAGCCAUUCUGUUAUAUUCUAUUGUAUUGGACACUUUAAUAUCAAUACCUGAGUUGUAAACUCCUAUAUGAUGCCUGGGUUCCUAAUAAAUAUAUAUUUUCUGAAUGAC